AUGGGUCUUCUGGGGGAUUUCCUGGCGCUGCUCCUGCUCGUUGUCUCCCCCGCGCUUGCUCAGCUGCCUUCGCAGGACAUCCUGGCGCUCCUGGCCUUCAAGAAGGGCAUCACGCACGACCCCGCCGGCUACAUCACUGACUCCUGGAACGAGGAGUCCAUCGACUUCAACGGGUGCCCGGCGUCCUGGAACGGCGUCGUGUGCAACGGCGCCAGCGUGGCGGGGGUCGUGCUCGACGGCCACGGCAUCUCGGGCGUUGCCGACCUCUCCGUGUUCGCCAACCUCACAUCGCUCGUGAAGCUCUCUGUGGCAAACAACAACCUCUCGGGCAGCCUCUCGAGCAAUGUGGGCAGCCUGAAGAGCCUCAAGUUCAUGGAUGUCUCCAACAACCGGUUCUCGGGGCCGGUGCCGGAAGGUAUCGGCAAUCUCCGGAGCCUGCAGAACUUGUCGCUUGCUGGGAACAACUUCUCUGGGCCGCUGCCUGAGUCCAUCGACGGGCUUAUGUCGCUGCAGUCGCUGGAUGUGAGCCGCAAUUCUUUGUCUGGUCCGCUGCCUGUGGCUUUGAAAGGGCUGAAGAGCUUGGUUGCGCUGAACGUGUCCUGUAAUGCCUUCACGAAGGGUAUUCCUUCUGGGCUUGGACUCCUUGUGAACCUGCAGUCUUUGGAUCUGAGCUGGAACCAGUUGGAGGGUGGAGUUGAUUGGAAGUUCUUGAUUGAGUCCGCUGUUGUUCAUGUUGACUUCAGCGGGAACCUGCUCACCAGUACUACGCCCAAAGAGCUCAAGUUUCUAGCGGAUAUUUCAGAGACGGUUCUGUAUCUGAACCUGAGCAACAACAGGCUGACUGGAUCGUUGAUAGAUGGUGUUGAGCUCUCUACUUUUGGGAGACUGAAGGUCCUUGAUCUGAGCAACAAUCAGUUAUCUGGUGACCUCCCAGGGUUCAAUUAUGUUUAUGAUCUUGAAGUUUUGCGACUCGCAAACAAUGCAUUCACUGGAUUUGUGCCUAGUGGGCUUCUCAAGGGUGAUUCUCUGGUCCUGAGCGAGCUGGACCUGAGUACUAAUAACCUGACAGGCCAUAUCAAUAUGAUCACAUCAACUACUUUGCAAGUCCUUAACCUGUCCUCGAAUGCUCUUUUUGGGGAUCUUCCAUUGCUUGCUGGGAGCUGCACUGUGUUAGAUCUUUCAAACAACAAGUUCAGAGGAAAUUUGUCAGUUAUUGCCAAAUGGACUAGCGAUUUGGAAUAUGUUGACCUUAGUCAGAACAACCUAACUGGUAUAAUUCCUGAUGUGAGCUCACAAUUCCUUCGCCUAAACUACCUAAAUCUUUCACGCAAUGCUCUAUCUGGGACCAUCCCUGAAGCUAUUGUUCAGUACCCUAAACUUACUGUGCUUGACUUGAGCUCCAAUCAGUUGCAUGGUCCUACGCCCGCUGAUUUGCUAACUUCGUCCAUGCUGCAAGAACUCUACAUCCAAGAUAACAUGCUUUCUGGUGGCCUAUCUUUUCCUGGUUCCUCAUCCAAAAAUUUGAGUCUUCAAGUGCUUGAUGUUUCUGGGAAUCACUUCAAUGGAAGUCUCCCUGAUGAUGUUGCCUCCUUAUCUGGCCUCCGAGUUCUUGACAUUUCAACAAACAAUUUCUCUGGUCCAUUACCUGCUGCUGUGAGUAAGCUUGGGGCUCUUACUGAUAUUGAUAUAUCAAUGAAUCAGUUCACUGGGCCAUUGCCCGAGGAUCUUCCAGAUAACCUCCUAUCCUUCAAUGCGUCCUAUAAUGACCUUUCGGGUGUUGUGCCAGAGAACUUGAGGAAGUUUCCAGAAUCUUCUUUCCAUCCUGGGAACUCAAAAUUAGAGUAUCCUGCUAGCUCAUCUGGAUCUGGCAAUUCCCCAUCUGGGUCAGGAGGUGGGAAAUCACUCCGUACAGGUGCUAAAGUAGCAAUUGUAGCAGCUAGCAUUGUUGUUCUUGUCAUCCUUAUACUUAUUGCUAUUGUAUGCCACUACAAGCGAAUCUCACGGCAGUUUCCUAGCUCUGAAAAGGUUUCAGACAAGAGCCUCCACAGGGCUACUAAAGACAGUGCUGGUAUGAAAGGAAAAGACAACAAAGGUGGUUUGGUCUCAGCAGAUGAACUUGUUACUCCUCGAAAAGGCUCUACAUCUGAAGCACUUAGCCAAGAAGAGAAGUCAGCUGCUGGGGGCUUUUCACCAUCUAAGGGCAGCCGCUUCUCUUGGUCACCGGAUUCAGGAGAGGCAUAUGGCCAGGAAGGAUUGGCACGGUUGGAUGUGAGAUCGCCUGACAGGUUAGCAGGGGAGUUGCAUUUCCUGGAUGAAACAAUCACACUAACGCCAGAGGAACUUUCAAGGGCACCAGCUGAAGUUCUAGGCAGGAGCAGCCAUGGGACUUCAUACAGGGCGACACUGGAGAAUGGUGUGUUCCUGACUGUGAAAUGGCUGAGGGAAGGUGUUGCAAGGCCCAAGAAAGAAUUUGCAAAGGAGGCCAAGAAAUUUGCAAACAUCCGACAUCCAAAUGUGGUUGGUUUGCGUGGGUACUACUGGGGUCCAACCCCACAUGAGAAACUGAUCUUGUCAGAUUAUGUUGCGCCAGGAAGUCUUGCAAGCUUCUUAUACGAUCGACCAGGAAGGAGAGGUCCUCCACUGACCUGGGCACAGCGUCUGAAGAUCGCGGUAGACGUCGCACGGGGCCUGAACUACCUCCAUUUUGACCGCGCAAUGCCCCACGGAAACCUCAAGGCCACCAACAUCCUGCUGGAUGGCCUUGACCUCAACGCCCGCGUCGCUGACUACUGCCUACACCGCCUGAUGACACAGGCUGGCGUCGUGGAGCAGAUCCUAGACCUGGGCGUGCUGGGCUACCGUGCCCCGGAGCUGGCGGCCUCCAAGAAACCGUCUCCCUCAUUCAAGUCUGACGUGUAUGCCUUUGGGGUCGUGCUUCUGGAGCUCCUGGCGGGCAGGUGCGCUGGGGACGUCGUCUCGGGGUCCGAGGGCGGUGUUGACCUCACUGACUGGGUUAGGCUGCGGGUGGCAGAAGGAAGGGGAUCUGACUGCUUUGACGCGGCCAUGGCCUCGGAUUCAGAGAACCCACAGGCUGUGAAAGGCAUGAAGGAGGCCCUGGGCAUUGCACUGAGGUGCAUCCGGCCGGUCUCCGAGAGGCCGGGAAUCAAAUCUGUGUAUGAGGAUCUUUCGUCAAUCUAG